AUGCUGAAACAGAGCAACGAGAGAAGACAUUCUUGGAACUCCAAGCCCUGGAGUAUUCCAGAGAGUGAAGAUGUGUACGAUACAGUCAACAGCCAACACCGCAGGAGCAUCUGCUCCAUGGGGACUCGUUCUGGCUCCCAGGCCAGCAUCAUACCGUGGACCCAGGGCAACUAUAACUACUACAUUGAGGAGGAUGAGGAUGGCAAGGAGGACGAAGAAUGGAAGGGAGACCUUGCCAACAAGGAGGAUCAGCAGCCAGAAGAGGUCACACCUGUCCAGCCAGAUGGUCAUACUGAUACCCCAACCCAGUUUUCCAUGCUGAAAGUGAACGUGAGUGGUCACAGCUACCAACUGGACUACUGCGAGCUAGCUAGCUACCCCAAGACACGCCUGGGCCGCCUGGCCACCUCCACCAGCCGCAGUCGCCAGCUGGGCCUAUGUGAUGACUACGAGGCACAGACUGAUGAAUACUUCUUUGACCGUGACCCGGCUGUCUUCCAGCUCAUUUACAACUUCUACACAACCGGGGUGCUGCUGGUGCUCGAUGAGCUGUGUCCCCGCAGCUUCUUGGAGGAGCUGGGGUACUGGGGCGUGCGCCUCAAGUACACGCCGCGCUGCUGUCGCAUCUGCUUCGAGGAGCGGCGGGACGAGCUGAGCGAGCAGCUCAAGAUCCAGCGAGAGCUGCGCGCCCAGGCGCAGGCCGAGGAGGCCGAGGAGCUCUUCAGUGACAUGCGCUUCUACGGGCCACAGCGCCGCCGUCUCUGGAAUCUCAUGGAAAAGCCAUUUUCAUCAGUGGCCGCUAAGGCCAUGGGGGUGGCCUCCAACCUUUUCGUGCUCAUCUCUGUCGUGGCGCUGGCGCUCAACACCGUGGAGGAGAUGCACCACCAGGCGGAGCAGGGAACAGGUGGCGGCGACCCGCAGCCCAUCCUGGAGCACGUGGAGAUGCUGUGCGUGGCCUUCUUCACACUGGAGUUCCUGCUGCGUCUCGCCUCCACGCCCGACCUGCGACGCUUCGCACGCAGCGUCCUGAACCUGGUGGACCUGGUGGCCAUUCUGCCAUUCUACCUGCAGCUACUGCUAGAGUGCUUCACAAGUGAGGACCAUCGGCACGGCAAGGGCUCACCACGGGAACACGACCUCGAGACGGUGGGCCGCGUGGGCAAGGUGGGCCAGGUCCUGCGCAUCAUGCGACUCAUGCGCAUCUUCCGCAUCCUCAAGCUGGCGCGCCACUCCACCGGCCUGCGCGCCUUCGGCUUCACGCUGCGUCAGUGCUACCAGCAGGUGGGCUGCCUCAUGCUCUUCAUCGCCAUGGGCAUCUUUGCCUUCUCAGCGGCUGUCUACUCCGUGGAGCACGAUGUGCCUGGCACCAACUUCACCAGUAUCCUCCAUGCCUGGUGGUGGGCCGCGGUGAGCAUCUCCACUGUGGGCUAUGGAGACAUGUACCCAGAGACCCACCUGGGGAGGCUUUUUGCCUUCCUCUGCAUUGCUUUUGGGAUCAUUCUCAAUGGGAUGCCCAUUUCUAUCCUUUACAACAAGUUCUCCGAUUAUUACAGCAAGCUCAAAACUUACGAGUACACUGCCAUACGCAAGGAGAGGGGAAAGGUGAAGUUCAUGCAGAGAGCCAGAAAGAAGAUGACUGAGUGUUUGACUAGAAGAAACACUCAGCCCACCACAAGGCAAGAGAAUUAG